AUGCGACAACAACAUGACGCCAAUCUGCGAAACAUGGUUUUUCAGACCUCGCUCAAGGGGGCCGCACUCAACUGGUACACCCAGCUCCCCGCUGAGUCGAUCGACAGCUUCAACACUUUGGUCAGGCGGUUCACAGUGCAGUACGAAACGAGCCGACCUCACCACAUCACCUCUGACGCCCUGGUCGGUCUCAGACAGAAUGACGAUGAGCCACUCCGGGCAUUCAUGGAGCGAUUUGCCACAAUCUCGGUCAAGAUCAAAAAUCCGAAUCCCGAAGUCGCCCUACAUGCCAGGCUCAUGGCACUCAAGCCCGGGCCAUUCGUCGACAGCCUAUGCCGCGAGGCUCCUUGCGACAUGGACGAGCUCCGCGCCCGUGCUACAGGCUACAUUCAGAUGGAGGAACACUCCACAUUCCGUGACCAAGUUCGUGGAAAGGGUCCAAUGAAGCCAGAACAGGGUCACAAGGACAAGGUAAAACUCAACAACGACAGCCAGUUCAAGAAAUUGGCUAGAACAAACAGAGGGGGGAGAUAUAACUUUUAUACUCCCCUGAACAUGCCCAGGGUGCAUAUCCUGGAGGAGGCCAGUAACAACAAUCUACUCACUCUGCCACCGCCAAGUCACACCCCUAACAGCGCCGACAAGUCCAAGCACU